AUGGCCUGGCUGUUUGGGCAGCGGUACCUGGACUGGCUCGUCGGCACCGUCUCGCAGACGGUCGUGAGCUGGUCGGCCCGCUGCCCGGCGUGCCCUGCGUGCCCGCAGCCGGCGGCGUGCCCAGCCUGCCCAGCGGCGGCGCCGAUCCACUUCCACCCGCCCGCCGCCUGCCCGGCGGCUCCAGAGGCGCCGGCGCCCGCGCCCGCGCCCCAGCCGGCCGCCCAGGAGCCUGAAGGCCUCUCUUGGGCAGGCGGGUGGCUGGCCUGCCUCCUGGUCGCCCUCAACCUGUUGGUCUUCAGCCUCCACGGGGUGAGGCUGGUCGGCUCGGCCGUGGUGAAGCUGCGACCGGCUCCGACGCCCGCCGCCCUGAAGGAUGGCACAGGAGCCGGCGCCGCCGGGGGUGCGACGCUGGGCAUGGGCGCACGGCGCGUGUGGGGCCGGGUGAUUCAGGAUCCGACUGACGUCCCGUGGUCCCCGCUGCGAGUGCUGAUCUCGACGCCGGAUGGCGACGUGUACGAGGAGCUGUACGACAUGUCGGAUGGGACGCUGGCUGCGGUUCGCUUCGAGGAUGACCGUCGCACUCGGCCUGCUGGCCUGGACGUCGGGAACCUCUACCGCUUCCGGCGGGCGCUGACGGCGGCAGAGGAGGUGGCCAUCAGGAAUGAGGUGGACGCCUACGCCCGCGACAUGUUCCUCGACGCGGAGCGCGCGGCCGGGCGGCCCGGGGUGGUGCCGCCCGCGGGGCUGCCGUGUACUUCACGGGCUGCUGUGGCCGCCGCCCUGGCUGUGGUACCGGCUGGCCCCGCCGCGCCCGCGGCAGUGCCGCCUGCUGGAGCUGCCCCAGUGGCGGCAGCCGCCGCACCGCUCGCCGCUGCAGGGGCUCCCCCAGGUCCCUUGGGGCCGAAUGCCGUUCCUGGAGCUGACGGGCAAUGGGUCUACGUUGAGACCACGACGACGGCCCGACGCGGAGACCCGGUCACGUUGGACGGGACUGAGCUCGUGCGGGGGGCGAUCGGCUUGAAGCAGGAUGCCGGCGGGAGCUGGUCGGCCAUCCGUCGGAUCACGACCUCGCAGGCUGCCUACCGUGGCGCCGAAGCCCUCGCCGAUGCUCGCCUCCAACCCGUGGCCCUGCUUGGAGACGGCUCGAGGCAGCGCGUGCAGUUUCACGAGAGUGUCGACAGACUACGCGAAGAGCCCUUCCCCGACUGGCCGCUGGACGGCCCGAGGACCACACUAUGGUGCCUCCGCUUCCUGGACAGGAAGCGCGGGGGAGCCAUCGAGCACUUCCACCAGUUUGUGUCCUACUAUCGGCUGUCCCGCGAUGACUUCGGGGUCACGCACUACGAGUCCAUCAUGCGGAUGGUCGACUACCUCAUGACGUGGGACCUCCUCGACUUGCCCAACGUGGUGGGCGUCGAGGUGAUGCUGCGGCAGGCGCAGCUGUACGAAUACAUGUAUGCCAUGGAGUACGAGGCGCGCGACUCGGGCGCGAAGGGCAAGCCCAAGAGCCGGGCCGGCGGUGGCUUCUUGAAGUUCGGUUUCGUGGAUGAGGUGGGGGUCUUCACGGGCACCGCUCGCGAGGACGGCCGCAUGAUGGUGGCUCCGGCACUACUGGAGCACGUGGCCAAGCAAGUCGAGCGUGACGCUGGAAUCCUUAAGCAGAUCAGGAAGGCUAAGGAAGAGCGUCGCGCUCUGGCUCCAUGA